ACGGCGUUGCAUUGGGCGGCCAAGCACGGCGACGAGAACAUUGUGAAGCUGAUCGCGGGAACCUACAAGGACUAUAUCAAGAGCGUCAAUGAAGCUUCGAGAAAGAUCUUGGUUUCCUGCGUAUUGGCUCGCUGAACGUACGCGUGAAACGUACGACGGAAGCGUUCAGCCAGUUCCUGGGUGUGGCAACUAGCAGCAGCGCCAGCAGCAGCAACAACGAGAAGAUACACAAGAACUGGGGGUCGGCGGAUAAUGUGCAGCUGGAUCAGAAGAUGAUGCCACCGCCAAAGUACGCACCGAUCAAGAAAAGGAGGAGCCGGCGGGCGCAGGAUUUCGGAUCGUCGCGGAAUCACCAGGCUGCCAGUCAACCAACCACUCCGCUGCUUCAGGGCAAGGUUUCUCGGUCAAGUCAGUCGAUGCAUCGUCGACCAACUUCCACAACAGUCAUCAGUUCCGCCGCGCCCAAGUCGCAGCAGAACGACUCGGACUCGGACACCGCGUGUGGCUUCGAUUCCGCCUGGAGAGGAUCCGCUCAGCUCUAG